CGAGGCGCGGCGGGGCGGGGCGGUCUGGAGCAGCGGGCGGGCUGGCGAACGUCCGGGCGGGGAGCCGGUCCGGGACCGGCGGCGCGCGGCGUUCGCGGUCCAGCUGCAGGGUGUGUACGCCCGCCGGUGAGGCAUGCUGAGGCCAGGAGGCCGGCAGGAUGAGUGCGCACGAGGCUGGCAGCUCGGGCCGUCGGCAGCAGGCCACCUACCACCUGCACAUCUACCCGCAGCUGUCCACCACUGGGAGCCAGGCCUCGUGCCGUGUGACCGCCACCAAGGACAGUACAACAACCGACGUCAUCCAAGACGCUGUGGCCAGCCUGCGCCUGGAUGGCUCGAAGUGCUACGUGCUGGUGGAGGUGAAGGAGUCCGGCGGGGAGGAGUGGGUGCUGGACGCCAACGACUCGCCCGUGCACCGUGUGCUGCUGUGGCCACGGCGCGCACAGGACGAGCACCCGCAGGAGGAUGGCUACUACUUUGUGCUACAGGAGCGCAAUGCCGAUGGCAGCAUUCAGUACCUGCACAUGCAGCUGCUGACGCAGCCCACGGCAGCGCGGCGCCUGGUGGAGCGUGGGCUGUUGCCACGGCCACAGGCCGACUUUGACGACCUGUGUAACCUGCCAGAGCUCACUGAAGCCAAUCUGCUGCAGAACCUGAAGCUGCGCUUCCUGCAGCACAAGAUCUACACAUAUGCAGGCAGCAUCCUGGUGGCCAUCAACCCCUUCAAGUUCCUGCCCAUCUACAACCCCAAGUAUGUUAAGAUGUACGAGAACCAGCAGCUGGGCAAGCUGGAGCCACACGUGUUCGCGCUGGCAGAUGUGGCCUAUUACGCCAUGCUGCGCAAGCGUGUGAACCAGUGCAUCGUCAUCUCAGGCGAGAGUGGCUCUGGCAAGACGCAGAGCACCAACUUUCUCAUCCACUGCCUCACAGCACUCAGCCAGAAGGGCUACGCCAGUGGCGUUGAGAGGACCAUCCUGGGCGCAGGGCCCGUGCUGGAGGCUUUCGGGAAUGCCAAGACAGCCCACAACAACAACUCUAGCCGCUUCGGGAAGUUCAUCCAAGUCAACUACCUGGAGAGCGGCAUCGUGCGGGGAGCUGUUGUGGAGAAAUACCUGCUUGAAAAGUCUCGCCUGGUAUCCCGGGAGAAGGAUGAGCGGAAUUACCAUGUGUUUUAUUAUCUGCUGCUGGGUGUCAGCGAGGAAGAGCGCCAGGAAUUCCGGCUGAAGCAGCCUCAAGACUAUUUCUACCUCAACCAGCAUAACUUGAAUAUUGAAGAUGGAGAAGACCUCAAACAUGACUUUGAAAGACUCCAGCAGGCCAUGGAGAUGGUGGGCUUCCUACCCGCUACCAAGAAGCAGAUCUUCUCUGUCCUCUCAGCCAUCCUGUACCUGGGCAACGUCACCUACAAAAAGAGAGCCACAGGCCGGGACGAAGGCCUGGAGGUCGGGCCGCCCGAGGUGUUGGACACCCUGUCUGAGCUCCUGAAGGUGAAGCGGGAGACCCUGGUGGAGGUCCUGACCAAGAGAAAAACAGUAACAGUCAAUGACAAGCUUAUCCUGCCUUACAGCCUGAGUGAGGCCAUAACUGCCCGAGACUCCAUGGCCAAGUCUCUGUACAGUGCCCUGUUUGACUGGAUCGUGCUGAGAAUCAACCACGCCCUCCUCAACAAGAAGGACAUGGAAGAGGCUGUUUCCUGCUUGUCCAUCGGUGUCCUAGACAUCUUCGGAUUUGAGGACUUCGAACGGAACAGCUUCGAGCAGUUCUGCAUCAACUAUGCCAAUGAGCAGCUGCAGUAUUACUUCACUCAGCAUAUCUUCAAACUGGAGCAGGAGGAGUACCAGGGUGAGGGCAUUGCGUGGCACAACAUUGACUACACCGACAACGUGGGCUGCAUCCACCUCAUCAGCAAGAAGCCCACGGGCCUCUUCUACCUGCUGGACGAGGAGAGCAACUUCCCGCAUGCCACAAGUCACACCCUGCUGGCGAAGUUCAAGCAGCAGCAUGAGGACAACAAGUAUUUCCUGGGCACCCCAGUCCUGGAACCUGCCUUCAUCAUCCAGCACUUUGCGGGCAGAGUGAAGUAUCAGAUCAAGGACUUCCGGGAGAAGAACAUGGACUACAUGCGGCCCGACAUCGUGGCACUGCUGCGGGGCAGUGACAGCUCCUAUGUGCGCCAGCUCAUCGGCAUGGACCCAGUGGCCGUGUUCCGCUGGGCUGUGCUGCGGGCUGCCAUCAGGGCCAUGGCUGUGCUUCGGGAGGCCGGGCGCCUGCGUGCCGAGAGAGCUGAGAAGGCAGCAGCAGGAAUAAGUAGCCCUGGCACUCGAAGUCACACGGAAGAGCUACCAAGAGGAGCCAACACCCCUUCGGAAAAACUGUACCGCGAUAUGCAUAACCAAAUCAUCAAGAGCCUCAAAGGAUUGCCAUGGCAGGGCGAGGACCCGCGGAGGCUUCUUCAGUCCCUCAGUCGGCUCCAGAAGCCCCGCACCUUCUUCCUGAAGAGUAAAGGUAUCAAACAAAAGCAGAUCAUUCCAAAGAACCUCCUGGACUCCAAGUCCCUACGGCUGAUCAUCGGCAUGACGCUGCACGACCGCACCACCAAGUCGCUGCUGCACCUGCACAAGAAGAAGAAGCCGCCCAGCAUCAGUGCGCAGUUCCAGACAUCUCUUAACAAGCUGUUGGAGGCUCUAGGCAAGGCUGAGCCCUUCUUCAUCCGCUGCAUUCGCUCCAAUGCCGAGAAGAAGGAGCUCUGCUUUGAUGACGAGCUGGUCCUGCAGCAGCUGCGCUACACAGGCAUGCUGGAGACUGUGCGUAUCCGGCGCUCCGGCUACAGCGCCAAGUACACUUUCCAGGACUUCACGGAGCAGUUCCAGGUCCUGCUGCCCAAGGAUGUGCAGCCCUGCAGGGAGGCCAUCGCUGCCCUGCUGGGGAAGCUGCAGGUAGAUGGCCGGAACUACCAGAUCGGGAAGACGAAGGUCUUCCUGAAGGAGACAGAGCGGCAGGCCCUGCAGGAGAGGUUGCAUGGUGAGGUCCUGCGCAGGAUCCUGCUGCUGCAGAGCUGGUUCCGUAUGGUGCUGGAGCGCAGGCACUUCCUGCAGAUGAAGCAUGCUACCCUGGCCAUCCAGGCCUGCUGGCGGUCAUACCGCGUGCGCCGAGCUCUGGAGAGGACGCAGGCUGCUGUGUACCUGCAGGCCGUUUGGAGGGGCUACCUGCAACGUCGGGCCUACCACCAGCAGAGGCGUCGUAUCAUCCGCCUCCAGAGCCUCUGUCGUGGCCAUCUGCAGCGCAGGAGCUUCAGCCAGAUGAUGUCGGAGAAGCGGAAGGCAGAGGAGCAAGCCAGAGAAGCCGCAGCAGAGACAUCAGCGGGCAGCCUGGGCCCUGUGGCCACCGUGGAACAGCUGUCUGAGCAGCCAGUGGGGCAGACUGGGGAGCUCGAGAGUCUGGGCGUGGAGGCUGAAACCCGGAUGAGUGACAGGUCCCCAGCUGGCACGUCCUCACCUCAGAAGGAGGCUCCCAGCCUGGACAAGGGGGCCCCAGCCCAAAAAACAGUGCCAGCUGAAAGCCAUGAGAAAGUCCCUAGCAGCCGGGAGAAGCGAGAGUCACGGCGGCAGCGAGGGUUGGAACACGUUGAGCUGCAGAACAAACACAUCCAGUCCUGCAAGGAGGAGAGCAUCACCCUCAGAGAGCCUUCCAGAAGAGCCAGCCUGGAAACAAGGGAGAGCUUCCCUGAGGACACAAAGGGACACAGGGAAGAUGGACCACCCUCAGGGGCAUGGACUGAGGCCACAGCCUGCUCUCCCCUAAAGCAGGUGCAGGUUGUGGGAGCCCCACCUGGGAGCCCUGGUCCUGUGCAGCGGCCCACUAGUCUGGCCCUAGACACUAGGGUCACCCCAGUGGUCCCCAGCAGCACCCCUGAGUCCCCCAAGGAUAGGGCCAAGGGUGGGAACAGCCCCAAGGCUCAGGACAAGCCCGAGAGUCCCAGUGGCUCCACCCAGAUUCAGCGGUACCAACACCAGGACACAGAGCGGCUGGCCACCGCCGUGGAGAUAUGGCGAGGCAAGAAGCUGAUAGCCACUGGUGGCACCGGUGCCAUGCUGAGCCAAUCCCUGGACCUGAGUGAGAAGUACCGGGCUGCAGAGACGGCCCUGACUCCAACAGAAGAGAGGCGCAUCUCCUCCUCCACCAGUGAUGUCUCCAAGCUGUGCCCAGUCAAGGUACAGAAUCCACCUGAAGUCGAUGGGGAGCCGAGCACCAAGAAGCCAGCCAUCCACAAGAAGAAGUCGGGAGAUGUGUCUGCUGGUCCUGAUGCAGGCCUGUCUCCAGGCUCCCAGGGUGACUCUAAAUCCGCCUUUAAGCGGCUGUUCCUACACAAAGCCAAGGAUAAGAAGCCCAGCCUGGAGGGUGUGGAGGAGAUGGAGGGCAGUGGAGGGCAGGCGGCACAGGAAGUCCCCACGAAGAGGAGUCUAGAAGCACUUUCUACCCAGCAGCACCGCCAUGCUGCCAGCGAAAAGCCCCUGAAAGGGAAAAAGAACCGAAACCGCAAGGUUGGCCAGAUCACAGUGUCGGAGAAGUGGCGUGAGUCUGUGUUCCGCAAGAUCACCAACGCCAAUGAGCUCAAAUUUCUGGAUGAGUUCCUGCUCAAUAAGGUGAACGACCUUCGCUCACAGAAGACACCCAUCGAGAGCUUGUUCAUCGAGGCCACUGAGCGGUUCAGGAGCAACAUUAAGACCAUGUACUCUGUGCCUAAUGGGAAGAUCCAUGUAGGCUACAAGGACCUCAUGGAGAACUACCAGAUUGUUGUCAACAACCUGGCUGCCGAGCGUGGGGAGAAGGACACCAACCUGGUCCUCAAUGUCUUCCAGUCGCUGUUGGAUGAGUUCACCCGCAGCUACACCAAGACUGACUUCGAGCCCACCAAGCAGAGCAAAGCUCAGAAGAAGAAGCGGAAACAGGAGCGUGCUGUCCAGGAGCACAAUGGACAUGUGUUUGCCAGCUACCAGGUGAACAUCCCACAGUCAUGUGAACAGUGUCUCUCCUACAUCUGGCUCAUGGACAAGGCCCUGCUGUGCAGUGUGUGCAAGAUGACCUGCCACAAAAAAUGCGUGCACAAGAUUCAGAGCUACUGCUCCUACACGGGAAGGAGGAAGAGUGAGCCAGGUGCCGAGCCAGGCCACUUCGGUGUGUGUGUGGAUAGCCUAACCAGUGACAAGGCCUCCGUGCCCGUCGUGCUGGAGAAGCUUCUAGAACAUGUAGAGAUGCAUGGCCUGUAUACCGAGGGCCUCUACCGCAAAUCGGGCGCUGCCAACCGGACCCGGGAACUGCGGCAGGCUCUGCAGAUAGACCCUGCUGCAGUCAAGCUGGAAGACUUCCCCAUCCACGCCAUCACCGGGGUCCUGAAGCAGUGGCUAAGGGAGCUGCCUGAGCCCCUCAUGACCUUUGCCCAGUACGGAGACUUCCUCAGGGCCGUUGAGCUUCCAGAGAAGCAAGAACAGCUGGCUGCCAUCUAUGCAGUCCUGGACCACCUGCCUGAGGCCAACCACACCUCUCUGGAGAGACUCAUCUUCCACCUUGUCAAGGUGGCCCUGCUGGAGGAUGUGAACCGCAUGUCGCCAGGAGCCCUGGCCAUCAUCUUUGCACCCUGCCUGCUACGCUGCCCUGACAACUCGGACCCCCUGACCAGCAUGAAGGAUGUACUAAAGAUCACCACGUGUGUGGAGAUGCUCAUCAAAGAACAGAUGAGGAAGUACAAGAUGAAGAUGGAGGAGAUCAACCAGCUGGAGGCGGCUGAGAGCAUUGCAUUCCGAAGGCUCUCCCUGCUGCGGCAGAAUGCGCUGUGGCCUCUCAAACUGGGGUUUUCGUCUCCCUAUGAGGGGGUCCGGACCAAAAGCCCCAGGACCCCAGUGAUGCAGGACAGCAGCUUGGAGGAGCUGGAGGCCCUUCCCGAGGAGGCGGCAGGUGGCGAUGAGGACCGAGAGAAGGAGAUUCUCAUGGAGCGGAUCCAGUCCAUCAAGGAGGAGAAGCAAGACAUCACAUACCGGCUGCCGGAGCUGGACCCACGGGGCUCUGAUGAGGAGAACCUGGACUCGGAGACGUCUGCCAGCACCGAGAGCCUGCUGGAGGAGAGGGGCGCUCGGGGAGCCGUGGAAGGGCCCCCCGCACCUGCUCUCCCCUGCCCCAGUGUGCCCACCCCGAGCCCCCUCCCCGCGGCCACAGCCCCUCCACGCCGAAGGCCGACAUCCUUCGUCACGGUCAGAGUGAAGACACCGCGGAGGAAUCCCAUCAUGCCCAUGGCCAACAUCAAGCUCCCGCCGGGCCUGCCCGCGCUCCUGACCAACUGGUCACCUGCUCUCCGGGAGGCCGCUGUUCCAGUAAGGCGCCGGGAGCCACCUGCCCGCCGACAGGACCAGGUACAUUCUGUAUACAUUGCCCCCGGGGCUGACCUGCCGUCACAGGGCACCCUGGAAUCCCUGGACCACGAUGUCAGACUUCCUGAAGCCAAGCGCAGGUACUCGGACCCCCCUACGUACUGCCUGCCCCCCAGCUCCAGCCAGGCCAAUGGCUGAGGACCAUGACAGGCAGUCUGCAUGUCUUAGAACCCCAGAUCUGGGUGCCCCAGCUGCGGAGCUGGCCUUUCGCACUCUGAGAAGGAUCCAGAAUGAAAAGUGCCCAGAAGGAUGAGGUGGGCACCAGCUCUGUGUGGUGUGAAGGCUGGGGGCUGCUGGCCAGGAGCCCCAAUCUGCACAGUGGUGCCCUUUGUACUUAGUAACUGUUUCUCCGUUCAUGGUUUACAUAACUCUUAAGUCAUAACAGCCUUAAUGGAGGACCAAACUGUUAUUUUAUAUGUGUAUGUCAGGGCUUUUAUAUUAACUCUUUCCCACUUUUGUAACCUGGACGUGGGUGGGCCACUCCUGGCUGCUGUGCUCCACCCUGGACAGUGGACAGUGGACUCAUAGGGCAUCUGUUGCCCUCCCGGAUGCCUCCCAGAACCGGCCAUGUGGCCAGAGAACCUUCCAGCGUUGUUGGAGCUUCCUACAGGGUCACAGCUGCUGGCUGAAGACGGGCCAGGAGUGGGACGCCUGAAUGUAGCUCUGCCCACUGUGCCUUGGGGCUGCCUACCCUGUGGGAUGCAAGGAGCCAGGGACUCCGGACCUUUAGGGGCAGGUGGCACAGUCUCUGGAGCGCCUCUGCAGCCCCAGUGACAGCCUGGGUCCUUUAGAGUUCAGCUCUCUUCUCUCAGGCUCUACCCCCUCCCUGGGCACACAGGCCACCAGCCUGGGACCAGCAAAGCUCCAUGGGAGAUGUGAAAUAAAAGUGCUUGAGAAGG